CACAUGUGUUCAUCUUUUUCCCAUCUGUAACAGACUGUCCUCUCCUUUAGCUGUGUAUCCGAUUUUCUCUAAAUCCAGCGAAGAAACUAUCAAACCAUUAUCGUCUCUAAAUCUCCGAUUCUCUUUGAAUUGAAAACAUUUUUGGUUUUGUACAAACAAAAGAAAUUAAUCGGUUGAAUAAUUAGGGUUUCGUUUAUAUAUAUAAUAUACACAUAGACAAAUAUAGAUUUUGAUUUAUAGAUAUAUAUUUGUUUGGAUAUGGGGAUGAGUUUGAAGGAAGAAAGUCCGUACAAGAAUGAGGAGGAGGAUGUGGAGAGAGAGAGUUCGGUGGUCGUCGGAGGGUUUCCGCAACCGGUGAAGGUUGUGGUGGUUGGUUAUGCUCUUACGUCCAAGAAGACUAGGAGCUUCUUGCAGCCCAAGCUUGAAGGUUUGGCUAGGAAUAAGGGAAUAUUGUUUGUUGCUAUUGACCAACAUAGGCCCCUUUCAGAUCAAGGUCCUUUUGACAUUGUUCUGCACAAGUUAACAGGAAAGGAAUGGCGGCAGAUUCUUGAGGAUUACAGGCUAACACAUCCAGAAGUCACAGUCCUUGAUCCGCCAGAUGCAAUACAGCAUGUACACAAUCGUCAGUCCAUGCUUCAGGAUGUUGCUGAUCUGAAUUUGUCUGAUCCCUAUGGCAAAGUUUGUGUUCCAAAGCAAUUGGUUAUUACAAAAGAUCCAUCAUCUAUCCCUGAUGCAGUUAACAAAGCUGGGCUAUUGCUACCUCUUGUUGCAAAGCCUCUGGUUGUUGAUGGAAGUGCCAAGUCCCAUGAACUUUCACUGGCUUUUGAUCAAUUCUCCCUCAAGAAACUCGAACCUCCACUUGUUCUACAGGAGUUCGUUAACCAUGGAGGUGUUCUCUUCAAGGUUUAUAUUAUUGGGGAAGCUAUUAAGGUUGUCAGGCGAUUCUCUUUGCCUGAUUUUUGUGAACGGGAGCUGGCCAAAAGUGUUGGAGUAUUUCAAUUUCCAAGGGUAUCUUGCGCUGCAGCAUCUGCUGAUGAUGCAGAUCUUGACCCAAGAGUUGCAGAGCUUCCUCCACGACCUUUACUCGAAAGACUUGCCAGGGAACUUCGUCGUCGACUGGGCCUUCGGCUGUUCAACUUAGAUAUUAUUAGAGAACAUGGGACCAGAGACCGAUUUUACGUCAUUGAUAUCAACUAUUUCCCUGGUUAUGGGAAAAUGCCAGAGUAUGAGCACAUAUUUACAGACUUCCUGUUGGGCCUGGCACAAAGCAAGUACAAGAAACGCAUUGCUGGUACCUAUUGAAGAGUGCGAGAGAAUAAAUUGGCACACCAAAUUACAAAUGUCAUAUCACCCCAGCAAAGUAUGUGCAGGAAAAAGAAAAUCUCACGCACAUUUGAUUUUACAAUCGUGUGAUUCCUGCUAUCACUCCUACCGGCUGUUGAUGCUCGUUCGUGUGGUGUAAGCGUCUCUUAUUUCUGGUCGGGUGGAAGGAUAUGGCUUCUCCAGAAGCAGCCAUUUUGUAAACAGUUCUGGUUAAUAACUUUGGUUCCUCAUUUUGUUUUGAAUUCUUUGUUUAUUCAUUUCUUUUUUUGUAGCCAACUUCCAAUUUUGUGCUCUAACUAGGUCAUGCAAGUAGCUGGUGUAUUCACAUAGGCCAAAGCUGUAGACAUUUCACUUGGAGUGGGCUAAAUGUAAACAACUUGUACAUUCUUUAAUGCCAAGCACCUUGUGCAAUAUAUGUCAAUCUGGAGGUUCAGCUCUGCUUUAUCACCGGUUUAUUAUCGAAA